AUGCGCAUCCACAUCGCAGGCCUCGGUGCGGUUGGGACCUUCGUCGCCUACCACCUCCGCCACACCCUUACCCUUAAGGACGCCGUCGUCGCUCUCCACCGCAAGGAAGUCGCUCCCGCCCUCUCCCGCUCAUGGCCCGUCCUCAAGGUUUCCUCCUACCGAGGUGCCGUUGUCGCCUCCGAGCACCGCGUCCUCCACACUGUGUACCACACCACCCCCGAGCGUUGGACCAAUCUCGUCCCCAUGCGUCACCUGUCCUUGGCUGACCAGGCCCGCGGCGAAAAGGAGCUCGAACUUCAUCGCCCCUGGGAUCCCCACAAAAUGCCUCGAGUCGGUGGCAGUCUGGAGUCCCUCAUCCUCACCACCAAAGCACACCAAGCUUCCGGCGUCAUCGCAGCCCUCCGCGGAUUAAUCAGCCGCAACACCACCAUCGUUCUUCUCGUCAACGGCAUGGGCCUUUAUGAGCAACUUGUCGACGAGCACUUCCCCGACCCCGAAGCCCGCCCCAACUUCGUUCUCGCCACCAACACUCACGGUUUCUUCCGUCCGGAGCCCUUCCACGUCGUCCACUCCGGUACCGGUGAGAUCCAGCUCGGUAUUGUGCCGGAUCCGCUGGGACGCAACUACGAGGCCGCGCUGCUCCGCUCUCGCGACCCAUUCGUCAACCUCUCCCUCGACGACAUCGAAAGGUCUGAGGAGGUCCCAUACGGGGCGUCCCGCCGCUACCGCAACCUUCGUUACACGAUCGCUGCCCUCACCGGUGCGCGUGCGCUCGGGGCGUCGUGGCGGCCUUACUCGGACGUUCGCCUGAACAUGCAGCGCAAGCUCGUCGUCAACGCAUUUGUCAACCCCGUCUCCGCCCUCAUGCAGUGCAGGAACGGGGAAACGCUCGCGGCGACGAACGGCCACUGGCUCAUGCAGAGGUUGUGUAGAGAGGCAGAGGCGACCUACCGGGGGCACUUUGAGGCGGAGGUGCGGGCACAGCGGGAGGAGCAUCUCAGGCGUCUGCGGGCGGACGACACCCUUCCACCAUUCAUCGCGAGUUCAUUUCCCACUUCCUUGAAACAUCACUCCCUCCAAGCAGAGAUAGAAAGAGUGGUUGAGCAGACGAAGAAUAACUAUUCGUCUAUGUCAGUGGAUAUCAAGACAGAUCGCGGCACGGAAAUCGAGUACAUCAAUGGUUACCUGCACAGGCUCGCCUCCAAGUAUCGCGUCAACACCUGGGUGAACGAUACCCUUUACCACCUGAUUAACAUGCGCUCUCUGAUCCCCUUUGUGCCGGGAGUACAAACCGGUGUGUUCAUCCAUACGUCGUUCAUGCUCCUACUGACGUUGGCUUAG